GUUUUCAAAUCUUUAAAAAUGAGCACCAAUAUGUUUAAUGUCCUCAACAUUUCAGAUGAUGAGGAUUCUAAAACUCAAUAGAAAACACAAUAAUAACAAUCUAAAAAGAGUAAUAUAUCUUUCAUUAAUUAUUAGAUAAAUAAAAACGUGAGUAGGAAUAAGUGAUUCCAGUUGAAUUAGUUAAGAAAGAAAGCACUUAACAUCAUAACCCAGCUCCAAAAUAAAAGGGAUUAACAGCUGAUCCUCAUCCAAAGGACAGACACUCUGGAACAGGAAUUGGAAAGGAACUUCGUAAAGAAGGUGGAGGAAGAAGAAAUUGGGGAAAUUAUAAGGACGAUUUAAAGUAGGAGAAAUACCAGGGUGCAAUUGAGGGAAAGGAAACAACCUAAGAAUAAAAUACUGAAUAAUAGGCUGAAGAAUAAUAGCCAUAGGAAAAUGUACCAUAAGCACCACCUGAGAAGACAUUAGCAGAUUAUUAUUAAGCAAGAGGAGUGGUAAAGAAUGAUUUAUAUUAAUUUAUUUAGAAUGUAGAAGAAGUCCUUAAAAAGUAGUAAUAGAAAGCAUAACCAGUAGUAAAGAUUGAUGAGGAGGCAUUGAAAAAGGAGAAAUUAUAGGUGAUGAGAACAAGAGAAGAUGAAAAGAGAGAGAAGGAAUAGAAGGCAACUAAAAAAUAAGGUGGUUAGUAAUAGGGAUACAGAAGUGAAAUGAGUACAGAGGGAUAAUAAUAUUUCGGAUUUACAAACGAUUCAAGAAGAAAUGAAAGGAACGAUAGAAAUGAUAGAAAUGAUAGAAAUGAUAGAAAUGAUAGGAAUGAUAGGAAUGAUAGGAAAGAUCAGAAUAAUAAUAAUAAUAAAGGAUAAAAGAAAUAAGUAAAUAUUAAUAUUAUAAUUAGUAAUAACCAAAUAAUGGAGUUCAAUUCGAUGAUAAGGAUUUCCCAUCAUUAUGAAAUGAUCAUUCCAAACACAUAAAAAAGUGAGA